AUGCCUGCAAAUGUGGAAGCAGCUGUCUUUGCAGUGCCCUUGCCCACUAAGCCUGCAUCUGCAACAAGCAUGGGGUCACUGUUUCUUUCUGUGGGGUCAUAUGUCUUCAGGGAAUGUUAUACCAUCAGUGCACCUCAUUCUGUGGCCGGACCUGUGCUUCUCUUACAUCUGGAGAAGUCUGCAGUGAUGAUGAAUGUGUUGAGGGAUGCAACUGCCCUGAAGGAAAAUAAUUUGAUGAAAUGUGACCUUUCUGCUUGCCCAAAAUCUUUAGCACCAAACUGCAGUGAGGAUCAGAUCCUAGUGGAGGCAAGGCAAGAGGACCCAUGCUGUUUCACUUAUAUUUGUGUCUGGAAUAUCCCAUUGGCUAAGGAUUGCAUUGGGUCCCUAAAAGCCACCACCAUUAUGAAUGGGGGCACUAUAGAGACCUACAAUGAUGGCUGCUGCAAGAUAUAUUCCAAGAAAGAAAAAAAUUGUCAGAAGGUGGUAAUUAGAACCACAAUAAGGAAAAGUGACUGUUUUAGCGAAAGCCCGGUAACUGUUGCUUCCUGUGUUGGGAAGUGUCCAUCAGCUACAAUUUUCAAUGUCAACCUUGAUAGCCAUAUAAGAUUCUGUAAGUGUUGCCGGGAAAAUGGAGUACAGAAUCUGACUGUGCCACUAUACUGCUCAGGAAAUGGUUUUAGUGACCCCUUUAAGAAACACCAGAGGGUUAACCAGCCAGAGGUGGGCAUGACAACCAAGGGGUGUUUUAAGGCAGUGAACAGCAGCUGUGUGAAGAGCUUAAUCGAAUCUAGCUGGAAGCAGUGGGCCCCAGCCCAGACCCGAUUCCCACUGGAGCUCCCACAGGCCGCUGAUCUCCCUCCCUCGAUGCGCUGGAGGCAGCUGGUAACUGGCAAGAGACGUGGAGUGGUAUAUGCAGUUUCCCUGAUGGCUGAAAAAUGCUUUGUAAGACAUGAGACUAAAGUAGUCAGGAAAACAGAAUCUGGUGGUCAUACUUUAGAGUGUGAUCAAACAAUUGCAGGCACCAGAGCAGUUGUUAUUGAAUGGAAUGCAUUUCCUGAAGAUCAAACUCCUGAUUUUUAUUCUGUGAUCUAUAAGAAGAAGAAUGCUACUUUUAAACAAAACAUGCCUAAAGCAUCAGGGAAUCAACAAAUUUACAAUUCACACAGAUCACUAUUGCACCUAGAGGAGAAUCUUUCUUACAAGAUCACCAUUGAGUCUAUAAAGAAUGGCAAUGUUUUAACUGCUAGAUCAUGUCUGAUAAAUGUAAUCAGUGUUUCCGAUAUCAAGUUAAAGAUGACAAGCACAUCAGUGGUGUUCAACUGGAGUAAUCUUAAUAGUGACAUUUCAGUUAGUAUUAUAUUAAACAGCACCACUCGUGAAAUGUCAGUAGAAGACAAAUCUUAUGAAUGGGAAAAUCUGAAACCCGGGACCAUACUGAACCCAUCAGAUUGGGUUCAGUAUUCAGCCGAAUCUUUCACAAAGAAUCCAAAAUAUUUAGCACAAAGUACCAAAGAGAAGUUUGAAGAGAAGCUGUUACAGAAGAUAUUGUUGGUUGAAGGGGAACUGUUGUGGACAGAUGACUCGCCUUAUAACCUAGAUGGUGUUUCAUUGAUGUCAACUUUACCUGAAAAUGAGACAGACUGCUAUACAUUACAGCAAAAUGCAACCGGACCAAAUUAUUUUUACACUUCCUUUUUCUGUCAGCUGGACUUGCCAUAUCUUUGUGAAUAUGAGUAUCCACCAGUUCCAGACAAUUUUUCGUUUUCUGUAGAAAUUGCAAUGGAAGAUGAAGUUAUAUUUCAGUGGACCGUUAGUCCACCACAACAUGUUUGGACUGAACCUGCAGAAGUAGGAGAGGAACAUGUCAUUCUCCACUGGGAACCACCGCAAGAAAUCAAGCCAAAACCUGCCAUAUUUGUGGUGCCACUUGAACAGCACACUCAUGCUGUGACUUUAUAUGCUCACAUGCCUAAUGUGGGAAUAUUUGAUGAAGUAUUUAUUAUAAUCAAGAAUGGAGUCAACCAAAAUAUUUCAUUUCCAUUAAACCCUGCUGGCCAAUAUGAAAUUAAUGACCUUUUUCCAGGGACUGAGUAUGAAUUCAGCAUUUAUACUAAAAGUGAUGGCAUGCAGAGCACACCAUAUGAAACUAGAGUAAAAACAUGCCUUACAAGUCCAUUUAAUCUACGUGAAGGCAUGGUCAAUGAAACUUCUAUUCAAGUUGUUUGGGACAAAGCAGAGGGGAAUUUCCAGCAAUAUGAAAUUAUAUGUAAGAGCAGUUCAAAUAAUUCUAUGGUGCAAAAGGUAACUGAGGAGAAAGCCUUCUUUUAUAAUUUAAUCCCUGGCACAGUUUAUAUAUUUGUAUUACGCACAGAAAAGGAGCAGUUCAGGGACAGCAUACCUCUUACAAUGGAAAUUCAGACAGUGCCAGCUCCCCCAGAAUACCUUAAUUAUACCAAAGAUUCAGAGUCAUUAUGUUUCAACUGGCUAAGGGCAUUAGGCCAGCUUGAUGGCUAUUUAAUUUCCAUGACUUCUGAAGACUUCAACAGAACUGAAGUAUUGCCUCCUACUCAAAGCCAUUAUACUGUUAAUGGACUUUUACCUGGAACUGAAUAUCUAAUAAGUAUAGUCACCACUUGUGGGUUCAAGAAGAGCUCCCCUACAAAUAUACAUUUUACCACAGAUCCUGACCCACCAUCAGCUUUGCAAGUAUUGAGCCAAGAAGAAAAUUCUGUUUGCUUUUCAUGGAAACUUCCAAAGGGGAGAUAUCAACACUUUGAGCUUACCGUUCACCCAGCAAACAGCAGCACCCUCUCCAAGAUAACUACUGAUGCAAAUGAAUUAAAAGUGAAAAACCUUUCACCCGGUGUAGAAUACAGAUUUCAACUCAGAACAAUUAAUGGGAAAGUGGCCAGUGUGCCUUUAGAAAAAGUAGUUAGUACAAGACCAGCUGGAAUUUGUGGCCUUACUAUAAAAUCUGCAAAUACUUCUUCAGCAACCUUAACUUGGGAUCACAGUGAAAGCAAAUUUACACACUACAGAAUAAUACUAUCGAACCAAACAUUUUCAAGAGAAUAUAAUGUAUCCAAUCAAAUCACAGAUUAUACUUUCUCAAAUUUAACCCCAGGUGCCAUUUAUCAUUUUAAAGUUCAGAGAAUGAAAGUAACUGUUGAAGGUGUUCUCACAAAUAUUAAACUGGUCACAGAGCCUGAGCAGCCACAAGAACUGAGAACCUUCAAUAUUUCAUCACAGUCCUUUUCACUAUCCUGGAAGCAACCAUCAGGGUGGGUGGAAACAUAUCAAGUGGAUCUUUUUCCUCCACAUGGCUUUGUUACUGUCAGAGAUCUCGGAGGAGGGGAGUAUCAGGCAGAUGUAUCCAGCCUUGCUCCUGGUACAGCCUUCACUGUCACAGUUUCUUCUGUGUCCUCUUCAGCCUUUAGUUCACCUGUCAGCAGAUCGGUGGUUACCAAUGAGACCAUUCCCGGACCUCCAAUAUCUUUAGCUGGAGAAAGAGUUGGCUCUGCAGGAAUUCUCCUUUCCUGGAAUGUACCACGAAACCCAAAUGGGAAGAUCCUAGCGUACUAUGUCAUUUUCAGAGAAGUUUGUCCAUGGAUACAGUCCACUUAUAUCGAAGCAGCAACAAAACCUGACAGUCUGGAAGUUCUUUUGACAAGCUUGACCCCUGGAACAACAUAUGAAAUAAAGGUGGCUGCAGAAAACAGUGCUGGCAAUGGAUCAUUCAGUGAAUCUUUUCUAUUUCAGACUGCAGAAAGUGCUGCAGGAAAGGUUGUGAACUUGACAGUUGAAGCAUUAAAUUCUUCAGCAGUAAAUCUUACUUGGUUUUUACCAAGGCAACCACAUGGAAAAAUAACCAGCUUCAAAAUAAGUGUAAAACAUGCAAGAAGUGGAAUAAUAGUAAAAGAUACCACUGUGAAGGUGGAAGACAUUUUGAAUGGAGCAUUACCAGAAUGCAAUGACAACAGAGAAUCUUUUCUGUGGAGCACAACAAGCCCUUCAUCAACUCGAGGUCAGUCCACAACCACUUCUCCAUUUGUAUCAAGAACUGCCACCUCUCCAUCAUUCAGUUCUAUCUGGAAUGAACCUAUCACCAUCAUUGUGGGCCAGCUGAGACCAUACACAACCUACUUGUUUGAAGUUUCAGCAGUCACAAGUGAACCUGGAUACAUUGAUAGCACCAUUGUUAGGACUCCAGAAUCAGUCCCAGAAGAUCCACCACAGAAUCUAGUCUUGGGAAACAUCACAACACGCUCUUUCUCGGUGAUUUGGGAUGCACCAACCAUUGUGACAGGAAAAUUUAGCUACCGAGUUGAGCUGUAUGGUCCAGCAGGUCACAUCCUGGAGAACAGCACAAAAGAUCUCAAGUUUCCAUUUACCAACCUUACACCAUUCACCACCUAUAAUGCAUAUAUCAGCGGGGAAACCAGCGCAGGUGUUGGGCCAAGAGCCAACAUAUCGGUUUUCACCCCAGCAGAAGUACCUAGUACAGUUUCUGAUUUAAACGCAACAGAGAUUGAAAACAAUUCUAUAAAAGUAUGGUGGAAAAAACCUCAGCAACCAAAUGGCAACAUCACCCAAUACAGAGUUAAGACUUCAAUAAACAAUUCAGGAGUGGUCAUUGAAAAUGUUAUCCUGAAAGGAAAAAAACAGUACAAUUUGACCAAUCCCACAAGUUAUAUCUCUCAAACUCCUCUUUCUGUCAAAGAAGCUUUAAAUGGAGUUUAUGAAGGUUCAGCAGAGUUUUCUACCACAACACAGUCGAUGUCUUCAGUGAUAUUUCAUACAAAUACAAAUGAUAACUCAGUUAUUGAGACUAAACUUGAUGGCAUUGACAUUGAUGAUGAACCAUUAUUUCACAUUAUUGAGACGCUUACUCCCUACACUGAAUAUUUAAUUAGUGUUACUGCUUUUACCACUGUUGGUGAGGGCCCCCCGGCUCAUAAGGUGGUGAGGACGGGUGAACAAGUUCCCAGCUCAGUGGAGAACAUUAUGUAUGAGAAUAUUAAUUCAACAACUGUAAAGCUCUCUUGGGAUCCUCCAUUGAAACCAAACGGAAUGAUCACCAAUUAUACUGUUUAUGUAAUGGAAGUGAAUUCAACCAAAGCUUUGGCGAAAACAACUACGGAUAAGGAAAUCCUUAUUACAGAUUUGAAAAUAUUCACAGAAUACAAAAUGCGUAUAACUGCUUCUACGUCAGCAGGGGAAAGUAUUUCAUCAGAACAAAUGGAUAUUUUUAUCAAAACUCUUGAAGAUGUGCCAGGAUCUCCACCCCAAAACUUACGUUUAUUAGGUGUCAAUUCAACUGCAAUUACUUUGGCAUGGUCUCCACCUUUAGAACCUAAUGGAAUUAUUACUCACUAUGAAGUAAUUUACACAAAUUCUACAGACUUCUUUACCCAAAAUACAACAUCGACAAGUUUAUCUUUGACUAAUUUAUAUCCAUAUACAUUAUAUAAUAUUUCAGUUCAAUCUUAUACCAGAUUUGGACAUGGAAAUAAAACAACUGAUGUGCUGCCUGUAAGGACUUCAGAAACUGUUCCUGACAGUGCACCAGAGGAUAUCAAAUACACAAAUAUAUCCUCUACAGAAAUAGAAGUUUCAUUUUCCCCUCCCUUAAUACCAAAUGGAAACAUAAUGUACUAUACAAUAUACAUAACAUGGAAAAAUGAGACAAUGGAGAGGGCCGUCAAUACAACAAACAUUACAGAAAAAAUUUCAGGCCUAAAGAAAUACACAUCUUAUUUUCUGUCUGUGUCUGCAAGUACUAUUAAAGGGGAAGGCAUUCGCAGUGCACCUCAAAUCAUUACUACAGAUGAAGAUGCUCCAUCAUCUCCUCCUCGAUCCCUUGCUUUUGAACAGCUAUCCGGUAUAACUAUGAAAUUAUCAUGGGAACCACCUCUCAUGCCAAAUGGAAUCAUACUAAACUAUACAGUUUAUAUUUGGAAUGAAUUCUCAAACAAAACAGUAACUGUGGAGAAGACUUUUGUAGAGCUGGAACACUUGGAAACCAAUAAUGAAUAUAAUGCAUUUGUAACAACAAAUACCCGAUUUGGGGAUGGAAACAUAAAAAGUGUUAUUAUUCAAUUUAGGACAUCAGAGGGAGCUCCAAGUGACCCUCCAAGAAAUAUUGCAUACAAGAAUAUUACUUCUGAUUCAAUAAUGGUUUACUGGACACCACCUUCCAAGCCUAAUGGAAUUAUCCAAUACUAUAUAGUGUACUACAGAAAUAUCACCGGCAACUACUUUAAAAACAUUACUUCGGAGGAAAUUAAUGCCUCUGCUGAUCUGCAGUGGACGAUUGUUGGUGGUUUGGCUAAAUUUAGCAGCUACAACCUUUGGAUUACUGCUAGCACGUCAUUUGGUGAUGGCAAUCAAACAAGUGAAAAGAUUGAUGUUAAGACCGAUGAGGAUGUUCCAGAAUAUGGUCCAGUUAUAGGGGGCUGCAUUAACCAAACAGCUGCAUCAUGCUUGUUAACAUGGGAUCCUCCAUUGAAGCCAAAUGGCAUUAUAACUAAUUAUUCUUUGGAACUUUAUGGACCGCAGGGAAACCAUACAUUGUCUACAUAUGAUACUUUCAUCAUUUUGGCAGAUUUAACACCUUAUACCCAAUUUAUUGUGUCCAUUGCUGCAGCGACUAUAAAGGGAAUCGGCCCUUCUAAUCAGUUUACCUUUCAGACUGAUGAAGCAGAACCUUCAAUGCCUCCACAGAACUUGACUUUUAUCAAUGCCAGUCAUAGUACUGCAUCGUUACAUUGGAGCCCAAGCCCAAAGCCUAAUGGCAUUGUGCUUGCAUACAGUUUCCGAAUUGUGGAAAAUGGCAGUCAAUUCGAGUUUUUUCAGAACAUAACAGAAAAGCAAACCGAAGGACAACUCACUGCUCUGGAACCUUAUAAGACAUAUUUUGUCAGUGUUUCAGCUUUCACAAAAAUUGGUAAUGGGAAUCAGUUUAGCAACAAUGUCAGUUUCACAACAAAGGAAUCUGUUCCAGGAAUUGUCCAGAACAUCAAAUGCAUUGCUACUAGUUAUCAGUCAGUUCUGAUUCAUUGGGAACCCCCUUUACAGCCAAAUGGAAUGAUCAGUCAUUAUUACAUAGCAUCUAAUGAUAACACCACAAUAGUUCCAUCUAAAGACCAGGUGUACACUUUUAGAGAAUUGCUCUCCAAUACAACAUACUCUUUUAAAAUCUAUGCUGUUAAUGCUGCUGGUAAAGGACAAGAACAGGAAUGCAAUGCUACUACAAAAUCUGAAGAAGUGCCUAGUGCUCCAAGAAGUGUUACUUUUCUCAAUGUUGAGUCUGGAAGUGUUGCUUUAAGAUGGAAUAGACCAACAAAUGUUAAUGGAUAUUUAAUGAACUACAAAAUUACAGUCCAGCUUCUUGCUUGUGAAUGCAAUAACUGGGAUGCCAAUAAUUGCAUUGAGAUGGUUCUGGAUUUCUAUUCAUUUGAAGAUGAGCUUGUUCUUGAAAAGACAAUAUAUGGAUUGAAAACAUACAGAUGGUAUAGACUUGAAAUAAGUGCUAGCACGAAUGCUGGAUAUGGUGUUCCUUCUCCAUGGAUUCAUACUCAGACAUUACCUGGUCCUGCAGAUGGACCACCACAAAACAUAACAGUAACAGCAACAUCACAGAGCCUAAAAAUCAGCUGGAAAGAUCCUUUAGUCAUCACUGGGCCUACUUCAUUUAUGAUCAAUGUAUCCUCGGAUAACAGCGAAGAAUACAGUAAAGUUUUCAUAAAACUGAGUAAUGAAAGUAAAAACUUGGAAGUGACUGGUCUGAAGCCAUUUACCAAUUAUUCUGUAGUAGUUACAGCCUUCACUGGACCCUCUUAUUUAGCAUACACUGAAGGGAAAUCAAGUAGUGUGGUGAUUGUCACAACUCUUGAAGCAGUGCCAACUGACCCCCCUACAAACAUAGAAAUCCAGAAGAUUUCCAAUGAUGUUACAAAGGUUCAGAUGACAUUCAUUCCACCCUCUGAACCCAAUGGGAAGAUUCAGUACCAAGCAGUAGUUUAUAAGGAAGAUAAUCCUAAAGACAGUCAGAUUCGGAAUCUAACUAUUGUAAAAAACAAUAAUAAUUCUAUAACAGCAGUAAUAGACGGCCUUAAAGGAGGAUACACCUACAGUAUACGUAUAUAUGCAGUAAAUGGGGCUGGAGCAGGACCUAAUGCUACACAGAUGAGAAUCACUACCGAUAUUACAAAACCACCCCAGCCUGAAAUGAAGCCAGUGCCUAUGCUUAACCCCAGUGGAAGUAUUAUUGCAACUGCAACUACUUUUACCAUUAAGAUGCCCAUAUGUUUCUUUAGUGAUGAUAAUGGGCCAAUAAAAUACAUCCAGAUUGUUGUUUCAGAGGUAGGAGCACAAGAUGAUGGGAAUAUCAGCAGGUGGCAUGAAGCCUAUCACAAGAAACCAAAGCCAUAUUUUACAAGUGAUGGUUUUUCAAACCCAUCGUGCCCCAACAUUCGAACAUCUGAUGAGUAUGUCAUUGGAGUUGAUCAUUCCUGUAAAACCAUGGACAUUAAAGAUAAAUUCUGCAAUGGACCGUUAAAGCCAAGAAAACAAUACUUGUUUAAAUUUCGAGCAACCAAUAUAAAAGGCCAGUAUACAGAUUCUAAGUAUUCACAUGUGGUCAAAACAUUAGAUGAUGGACUAUCACAAACACAGGUUGAAAUAAUCUUGUCUGUUACUCUAUGUGUGCUUUCUGUUAUUCUGCUUGUGGGAGCCAUAUAUGCCUUUGCAAGGAUUAGACAGAAGCAGAAGGAAGGUGGUACCUACUCUCCAAGGGAUGCAGAAAUAAUUGAUACUAAAUUCAAGCUUGAACAGUUGAUCACAGUGGCAGACUUGGAACUAAAGGAUGAGAGAUUAACACGGCCCGUAAGUAAGAAAGGUUUCUUACAACAUGUCGAAGAGCUCUGCACAAAUAACAACCUAAAGUUUCAUGAAGAAUUUUCGGAACUACCAAAAUUCCUUGAAGACCUUGCUGUAUCGGAUGCUGAUCUACCCUGGAACAGGUCAAAGAAUCGAUUCACAAAUAUAAAGCCAUAUAACAAAAACCGGGUAAAGCUUAUAGCGGAUGCUGGUGUACCUGGAUCAGAUUACAUCAAUGCUAGCUAUGUGUCUGGAUACAUUUUUCCAAAUGAGUUUAUUGCAACACAGGGACCUUUGGCUGGCACCAUGGGAGAUUUCUGGAGAAUGGUUUGGGAGACUAGAGCAAAAACCAUUGUUAUGCUUACUCAGUGUUAUGAGAAGGGAAAGAUUAGAUCUCACCAGUACUGGCCGGAAGAUAACAAACCAGUUACUGUUUUUGGUGACAUUGUUAUCACAAAAAUAACUGAAGAUGUUCAGAUUGACUGGACCACUCGUGAUUUGAAAGUUGAAAGGCAUGGAGACUAUAUGAUGGUGCGGCAGUGUAACUAUACUUCUUGGCCAGAGCAUGGUGUGCCAGAAUCCACUGCUUCAUUACUGCAUUUUAUUAAGAUGAUUCGAGCCAAGAGGCCGCAUGAAAAUACACCAACAAUUGUACAUUGCAGUGCUGGAGUUGGAAGAACUGGUGUUUUUGUUGCACUGGAUCAUUUAAUUCAACACCUCAACCAUCAUGAUUUUGUUGAUAUUUAUGGCCUUGUAGCAGAAUUAAGAAGUGAAAGAAUGUGUAUGGUACAAAACCUGGCACAGUACAUAUUUUUGCACCAGUGCGUUGUGGAUUUAUUAGCAAGCAAAGGUAGCAGCCAGCCUAUCUCUUUUCUUAACUAUUCUGCACUUCAGAAAAUGGACUCUUUGGAUGCCAUGGAAGGUGAUGUUGAGCUUGAAUGGGAAGAAACAACUAUGUAAUGUUUAAAUAAGAAUGGCAAGUUUUUUUGGCACAAGGGCCAACAAACAUCUCUUCCACGGACCAGAGCUGAAAUAUCGGAUAAGGACGACACAUUUUUAACUUAUGCCUGUGCCUUAAACAAUGGAUGGCAGUAAUUUCAUGCGUGCUCGGAAAAACCAAGUACAUUAAGGUCAUUUUGCACUGCUAUUAUAUAAGAAGGGUGAAGUGUUAUUAAUGAAAUUUUAAAAAAUUUUUUUAUCUUUCAAAAGAUAAACACAAAGCCAAAUUUGAUGGGAAAACAUUACUGUCCUCUGUGUGGAUGCUUCCUUUUUGUUUGCAU